AAGGUGGCAACAUCAGUUAAACUUUUUGCUUUCGUCGACACCUUGCGUGAAAUAAAUAUUAAAAGAGAAUUAAAUUGUUUUCUUAACGGCGCAAAUAAUAAUAAGUCGCAAAUAUUAAAAGGGAAUGGAUAAACUAAAUGACGUAUGAUUAGGGUUCUUAUAAAUCGUCAGUGCAAUGGAUGUGGAUGAAUGCUUCUACGAUGAAUUAUCAUCGUUUAUGUCGUCGCCGAGUGACUAUAGUCUUAACCACCAUGAUUUUGAUGAGAUCAUAAGCUCGACAGUGUCGCCUCUUGAUUCUUCGCUUAACCUUAAUUCAAUCAUACCCGACGGUCGGGAGACGUCAUUGCAGGGUGAUAGCUUUUUCUCCGAUUUGUUUCAAACAACAGUUGGACAUAAUGACUUGGAGCUUAACUUUAACAAUUUAACGGCGUUUUCCACGCAAAAUCUGAACGCAGACAAAACUUUCUCAGCGACCUCUGUGCUUGGAGGUCUGGAAAGUUCAAACGAUUUGUUAAAUAUUUGCAAUGAUAAUGCGGAAAUUGAGAAAUUAACUAGCGGUAAUCUGCUGGCAUAUACCCAAGAUCGAGAUACACCCUCGCCAACGGAAAGUUGGGGCAGCUCCAGUGGCAGUUCGACAAGCGGUGUCCACAGUGAUACCUCCGAUGCAUGGCAACAUAAGCAGCUCGACAAAAUUGACAUUGAGUCAUCUAUGCGGAACGUACCACAAUUAUCCACAGUACCAAUUGUUCAAAACUUUAGCAUACAAAAUAAUAAUGACAGUAUUCAAAGAAGCAUUCAGAUGCCGGUGCUUUCAGCAUCAGUUCCCCAUCAUCAGCAGCUAAUUGAGCCAGUUCCUCGUAUUCCCACAGCUGAACAAAAAGUGCCGAUUAUACCUGUUGUUGGCAUUGUGCCUCCCAAAGUGGAGUCAGCUUCAAAAAUUGUAAAACCACCUCGUGAUAAACUCCUGGCGAUUGAUCCGCCGGCGGAGAGUGUUGGUAAAACUAAGACCAUAUUCCUUUCCUCGAAUGACUAUAAGGCACUUAUGCAAAAGAUGAACUUGCAUGGCUCCAAGGGUGCCAAGAUCAAUGGAAGCGUAAAGACACAAAUUCCUAAGAUCGUUGUAAAGACAGGAAAUGCUGUAAGAACAGUAAAUUCCAAUAGCCCGAAUAGCCCGCACAAUUUGCUCAAGAACCAGAUCUCCACUUUCAACCGUGACACGCCCAUGAGGGAGCCAGAGUCCUCCAGUUACAGAUGUCGAAAUAAUAUAGAUGAGAAGAUGUACAAGAAGCAGCAACGAAUGAUUAAAAAUCGCGAAUCUGCUUCGCUGUCGCGUAAAAAGAAAAAAGAAUAUGUUGUCUCACUGGAGACACGUAUAAACAAUCUUGAGAAGGAGAAUUAUACACUAAAAGGGGAAAACGUGACACUGCGCAAUCAACUAGUUGCAUUCGCCAAAACGUGCAAAUGUCGCAAGGGAAGUGCAUGCGAAUUCGUGCUUCACUCCUUGAACUCCACAUCGAGAUCUGAGCAGCAUGUCAAGAUCGCUCCGAGACCAGCUUCAAAGAGUUUUAAACAACAUAUGAAUGCAGCGACAGUCAAGAAGAAUGUUGCCGUCCUUUUUGCCAUGGCCUUUAUGGUGACUUUGAAUGCUGGCAAUUUUCAGUCGUAUCUAAGCAAACAGAAUCUUGACAGUGAGAUCGCUGCAGUUACAGUUGACUCGAAUGUGAAUGAGCCGAUUCCAGUUGGCCGUCGUCUGCUUUGGGUUGAAUCCGAGGAGGAAUACAAUGAGAAGCUCAAUCGUAGCAAUCGUCAAGCGUCGGAGGAGUUGGUGGUGCCACCACUGCACUUUUUGCGUCCAACAACGAGUCGAGGCAACAAUGCUACAAAGGGCGAGAAUUGGAAUUCUACAGUGGCAGCCAGUUACAACAGAAGGGAUGAUCCCCCGCCACUCACCUAUCCAUCUCUCUCUCCGUCUCCAUCAAACUGUACAAUGAACUCUAUUGGCAAUCAAUCGGAAUAUUCUCGGCAUUCGCUUAAUUUACAGAAAUUAAUUAACGUCAGUGGAUACCUUAAUCUUAGCAAGCAAACGGCAUUCGACAUUGGAAGGGAUAAUAAUGAACAUGGUUUUAAAUUUUCUACGGAUUACUUGGACUUACCUGACAUGGAAAGGCAGACAGCAAAUCUAGGCAAACGUAAGGCUUUUGUGGGCUACAAGCAGCGUAUAUCUGAUAUUGAACAUAAGCAACGAAAAUUGGACACGAUAGAUACACAGACGCAUGGAAAUAAAAACACAUUUAAUAUGACUGGCGAGCCCACAAAUCUAUUUAACGGAAUCAAGCGACAGGACGAUACAUUCUAUGUGCUUUCCUUUAAUACAGAGCAUAUACUUGUAUCACCAUCGACACCUAAUAAAAGUGCUCGCCCAAAGAUAUCUUUGUUGUUGCCGACAGCAGAACCAUCGGAUAAUGGCGACAUGAUGAUGAUGCAGGUCGACUGUGAGGUGUUUAAUACUAAAGAGUUGGAGCUCAAGUCGGAUAUGAUACCAGCUAAGCUUCGGCCAAAUGUAACCAAGUGGCAAAUGAAGCCCAAGCAUGCUACCAUUAACAAUAGCAAAACGCAGGGCAGCAUUAAGUUACAGGACAGAACUGUGAAGCAUGAGAAACCUCGUGUUCGCACAUACUUCAUGGUUGGUCCAAAGAACCAGGCAGCUGCAGCCGUGUCCCAGGAGAAGCCACGUUUCGUUGAGUUUAAUAGCAGCAGGACACUCUCUUCAGACUCGUUUGAUUCACGUUUGCCUGGCUAAUCUACAUUUUACACAUAGAUCUAUUCUUAAAUUUUAAACAUUUCAUGUAAUAACCGUAUAUGUGCAAGAUUAUAUAUAGCAAGUCUUUAAUUAAUAAAUGUAAACGUGCUUGUUUAUUUCUGUAAAUACCAGGGAUCGCAAAUAAGAGUUGAGUUUUUUACCUCAAAUCUAA